CCAUGCUCAUAUACACCGGGUAAAUGCUGUUGCCUACUGGAAUAUGAAGUUCACCCCACCAUAUACGUGAACCUCAAAAUCAUCAAAAUGAGUGCUUAUGAUUUUUGUAAGCCCUACUACUGCAUUGCAGAUGUACGAUGCUUCCUGUGCCAAUUCAGAUAUGAUGAAGACGACCUUAUCACCGUCGCGGGGAAAAUGCUACAGCAAUUUCGCUUCCAUCAGGGGGAAAUAAUCGGCCUUGACAGUGGAGAGCAGAUUCAUAUGUGUGGAGGAUCUAGCUGUGAAAUUUAUGGCGACACUAUCUACACGUUUCAUGCCGGAUGCUACUCUGUUGCCCCAGAUUCAUUUUCACCAUCAUUUGCAGCUGCUAUCACCUACGAUUACCGACCGUCAUAUGACGAUGAGCGCUUAAGAGCCAGACGCAUCAGAGACGCGGCCACAGCCAAGUUAAAAAACAGUGCCCUUCAACAGAUGCCGAGAGAGAUAAUCGACAUAAUCACAGAAAAUCUCGUUCUAGAGGUAGCUGCAAUUCACACCAAGGAAAUUUUUUCCUCGUUGAGAUUCGCGCAUCAGUUUAAAUACCGACUCCAUCUAGGGAAGGAUAUAUAUGUCAAAUACCGUGAGAUCGAGGGGGUCGACUAUGUUCAUUGGUUAUCGAAUACGGACCUGGGCGGCAAAGGAAUGCGAUUGUACCGGGCGCGAAGACACGAAAAGAUUAAAGCUCUAUGGUUAGCUUUCGACCAUCUCGGUGUCAGGCGAGUGUGUCUCAAGAAGCAUCCCGUCGAAAUAUCGCUCGGGGCUGGCUCUCUGCCUUAUUGGAGGGAAUUGCGUACUGAGGCCGAUGAAAUGCACCUGAGCUGCAUCUACGAUGGCUUGAAACUAAGGGCAAUAAAGCACUGCCACGGCUCAGAUCCGAUAGCUUGGCCCCGUCUGCACCAUGAAGGGUACGAAGCAAUACGUAGAAGCAGCGCAUCAUCUAUCGCGUACUACGGCCCGCGAAUGACGCUUCUUGAAUGUCAGUCAUCCAGAGUCAGAGGGUAUUGUGCACACAUAGCCCUCGGAUACGGUGAAAUCGAUACAUUAAUUGCGGACGUUCACGGCACUCUAGGAUUCUCGCAGGAAGUUGCGAGAACAUAUAAGAGCUCAUCUUCCUGCGACUGGGUGUACAUGCCUAUCGAUGAAGGCGAGUUUGUGGAAGAUAUAUGGAUCGUCAAUUAUAAGGAAGGAGGAACAGCGUUUAUGUUUGUGACUAAUUGGGCCCGCGUAAGCAUGUUCGGUCGAAUGGUGGAUUUCGAAAUCAAAGACAGCCCCAGAUUUCUCCGCAUCUUCUCCCGGUCCUGUGGGCCUGCAUCCCAGCUUUACUUAGGGGAUGUAGGAUACCACCCCUACCCAAGCAGAAUUGACUGUAUAGGCAGAGACAAGAACCUCAAGAAGAUCUCCCGCAAUGACGUCUAUAACUUCGUCCCGCAAAUCAAGCCAGAAUGGAACCCAUACCCGCCCGCCAUCACGCCUUCAGAAUCGAAAUGGCCGCCAUUCCCCCGACUGGAAUACUUCAAUAAAUGCCGGCUAGAAGACGUUUCUCACAUCGCAUGCUGCGUAGACCAUCGACAUUCUCAUCGCCCCAUCAUUGGCAUUAUGGUGUAUUAUCAGGACGGGCGCCGCGCUUGUUUGGGUCAGUACCGGCACGAUUGGGUCGUGCAACCGCCCCUCAUAGUAAAGAAUGUGGAGACGAUGCCGCUCCUGCUCACCAUGUACCGUGACUGCAGUUACGAAAUACUUGAACAGGGUUGCAAGGGUAUCUAUGUAAUGAAAAUAUCUAUUGGUGGAGCCUGUAUUCAGAGCGCUAUUGCCGACGGCUUGAAUGCGAAGUACGUGGGGAAGACACUGAAGAUACCGUGGUCUGGGUGGCUCGAAUGGUGGUUCUCGAAUUCUGCUCGCUGGAAUGAUCAUUUGUUCUGCCAUGUGGCUCAUGUAGAUUAA